CUGAAACACGAUCGCCGCAAAUCACACUGCAAACCGAAAGGGCAGUUUUGUGAAUACGGCCUGGCGCGGGACGGCAUGCGGUUCACCCAGUCGCUGGCGGCGGCCGCCACUUGCACGCCGUCGAGGGCGGCUUUGCUGACGGCGCGCUACCCGAUCCGUCAGGGCAUGGUUGCAGCGCCAUACGGCCAAGAUGUGAUCUUGUUUGUGGCGCAGCGCGGCGGUCUGCCCGACACAGAGGUCACGCUGGCCAAGGUUCUUGUGAACGAAGGCUACAACACAUCCUACAUAGGGAAAUGGCACCUAGGCGUCAGUUGUGAGACAUAUGGCGACAGCUGUCACUCGCCCAACAACCAUGGCUUCCAGUAUUGGUACGGAAUGCCGUUGACCAAUUUGAAGGACUUCGGUGACGACGGGACAUCUGUCGUGACCGCCAUGCUUCCGAACUUUUUCCCCGUGAUGUACGCCGUGCUGGCCGGCUCCUGCAUGGCUGCCGCGGUGCUCCGGGGGCGCUCCCGGUGUCUCUUCUGGCUCGCUCUGCUCACCGCCCUGCUCGCGUCCGCCACAAUUCCCCUGGCGUCAAACGUCAAGCUCAUCAACUCGCUGAUCAUGAGGAACGGCGAGGUGGUAGAACAACCAAUCAGGUUGGUCGGGCUCACCCAAAGAUUUGUCGCUGAAACCAAAGAAAAGCUGGCCGAAUACAAGCAACAGAAUCGCCCGUUUUUCCUUCUGCAUGCGUUCUCAAAGGUGCACACGGCCCUGGCGACGGUACCCGAGUUCCGCGGCCGCUCGCGGCACGGCCUGUACGGCGACAGCGUGCUGGAGCUGGACUGGGCCGUCGGCGAGAUUCUGGCAGAGCUGGACCGGCUCGGGCUGGCCGACAACACGCUCGUGUACCUGACCUCCGACAAUGGCGGACACCUGGAGGAGCGUGGCGUCGCCGGCGACGUCCAAGGCGGGUACAACGGCCCACUCAGAGGUGGAAAGGGCAUGGCAGGAAUGGAGGGCGGCAUCCGCGUGCCCACCCUGCUGCGCUACCCGCCGCUGGCUCGGCCCGGCUCCACCAUCGACGCGCCGGUGUCGCAGAUGGACCUCUUCCCGACCGUGCUCAGCGUAGCUGGCGUGGACGCUAAGACCUAUGUGGGAGACCGGGUGUUGGACGGUCGUGACCUGACCCAGCUGAUCACAGGCCAGUCCAGUCGGUCGCCGCACGAGGUCAUGUUCCACUACUGCAGUGAAGCCAUCCACGCCCUGCGCUGGGUAGAGAACGAGAACACCACGUGGAAGGUGCACUUCUACCAGCCCCAGUGGCUGCCGGGGACGGCGGUAUGCCACGAUAUCUGCUUGUGCGAUAUGUCGGACCGGCUGGGGCGGCCGCACAUCUUCAACAUCCAAACGGACGCGAGCGAGCAGCGGCCGCUGGACGAGAACAGCGCCGAGUACGGCCGCGUGCUGGCCGCUAGCCGGCGCGCGGCAGCCCAGCACGCGGCCACGCUCGUCGACCUACCGGAGAGCCAAUUCAGCUAUGGGAACUUCAUGUGGCGGCCGAGUCUGCAGCCCUGCUGUCGGCCGCCCUGGUGCACCUGCACCGACCCGCGCUACCCGUAGUCGCCGUCGGCCGGCGGACGUGCCGACUGGAGCCGCAGACCAGGGCGGCCGCCGCGCCUCCUCCGGUGCGCGGGGUCAGCUUCAGCCGCGUCAACGGUGACGUUGCUGGUCCGUCUCCGGGCCCGCCGGCUGUCAGCUGACGUCACCGCUGACGUUGCUGGUCCAUCGCCGGGCCCGCCGGCUGUCAGCUGACGUCACCGCUGACGUUGCUGGUCCAUCGCCGGGCCCACCGGCUGUCAGCUGACGUCGCAGGCCCCGGUAGCGGCUCUCCGUUUCUGCUUGAUUGCCGCUUCCGACGUGGAAAGAGACGCGGAAAGGAAAUGGUCUUUCCGUCCAUUCUCCAACCGUUUUAGGUCGCGGUUGACGAUUUUAGCCUCGGGUACGUCUAGGACGCGUGUAUAAUGGGCGGAAUAUGUACGACGCGUAUCUUAAUAUGUGCUCUACUUAUGUACUCGAGUUCUGUACUGCACAGAAUGUUUUGGCUGACGAAGAGCUUCAUUUUGUAGUGAGGCUUUUGGAAUCAUUGAUAGGGGCGGGUGGAUUACCCACAUAUAUAAUUAUAGCCCACACACAAUUAAACCCACACACAUGAUAUUGAUCAGUAUUACCUCGACUACUUACGGUGUGUGCGCGAGAUGCGUCACGUCGAAAAUGAUAUUAUCAACGUUAGCUCCUCCGCGUUUGGCAGGUGUGAAAUGACGCGUUUUCCCAUCACAUUGAUUUUUCAUGUCCGAAUUUUAUGAAAUGCAUGGCUGUGCAUCCCGGGGCCAAUGAUCCAGUGGAAGUGAUCGGUUGCAAGUAAGUUACAGCUUGGAUUUGUUUGAAAUAAUGCGCGCUUAACCGCUUACGUAAUGUCUAGUCAGCUAUGUGCAACCCAACGAUGGCGGGGCGCCGCGCUGUGAGAGAUCACUGGGCUUCCAGACGCACUGAGUCCAAUAGCGGAUGUAACCAACCAGCUAAAUGUGCCGGUUUUGUGAUCGAGUUGUGAAAUACAUGAACAGGGGUAUGACUGGCAGACCCGGAACUGCGUUGAAGAGGAACAUAGCAAUA